AUGGAGCCCAGUGUCCUGCUUCUUUUCACUCUCUUUGUGGGCUUCUUGCUACUCUUAGUCAGGGGUCACCCAAAGACUCACGGCCACCUCCCACCAGGGCCUCGUCCCCUCCCCAUCUUGGGGAACCUCUUACAGAUGGACAGAGGCGGCCUCCUCUACUCCUUCAUGCAGCUUCGAGAAAAAUAUGGAGAUGUGUUCACAGUGUACCUGGGACCAAGACCUGUGGUCAUGUUGUGUGGGACAGAGGCCAUUAGGGAAGCUCUGGUGGACCAAGCUGAGGCUUUCUCUGGCCGGGGGACAAUCGCUGUGGUUGAGCCAAUUGUACAGGGAAAUGGUCUGAUCUUUGCCAAUGGGGAACGUUGGAAGACCCUUCGGCGAUUCUCUCUAGCCACCAUGAGGGACUUUGGGAUGGGGAGGAGGAGUGUGGAGGAGCGGAUAAAGGAGGAGGCCCAGUGUCUGGUGGAGGAACUGAGGAAAGCUCAUGGAGCACCCUUGGAUCCCACGUUUCUCUUCCAGUGCAUCACAGCCAACAUCAUCUGCUCCAUUGUCUUUGGAGAGCGCUUUGACUACAAAGACCGCCAGUUCCUGCGCCUGCUGGACCUGCUGUAUCAGACCAUUUCAUUCAUGAGCUCAUUCUCCAGCCAGGUGUUUGAGCUCUUCUCUGGCUUCCUGAAGUACUUUCCUGGUGUCCACAGACAAAUAUCAAAAAACCUGCAGGAAAUUGUCAGCUACAUGGGCCACAGUGUGGAGAAACACAGGGCAACCUUGGAUCCCAGUGCUCCACGAGACUUCAUCGAUACCUACCUUCUACGCAUGGAGAAGGAGAAGUCCAACCAACACACAGAGUUCCACCUCCAGAACCUCGUCAUCUCCCUGCUCUCUCUCUUCUUUGCUGGCACCGAGACCAGCAGCACCACACUCCGCUAUGGCUUCCUGCUCAUGCUCAAGUUCCCCCAUGUAGCAGAGAAAGUCCAAAAGGAGAUCGAUCAGGUGAUCGGCUCACACCGCCUACCAACCCUUGAUGACCGCAUCAAAAUGCCAUACACCGAGGCAGUCAUCCAUGAGAUUCAGAGAUUUUCAGACAUUAUUCCACUUGGUCUGCCACACAAAGUCACCAAAGACACAGAGUUUCGAGGGUACCUGCUCCCCAAGAACACUGAAGUGUACCCCAUCCUGAGUUCAGCUCUCCGUGACCCACAGUACUUUGAACAGCCAGACACCUUCAAUCCUGACCACUUCCUGGAUGCCAAUGGAGCACUGAAGAAAAAUGAAGCUUUUCUGCCCUUCUCCACAGGAAAGCGCAUGUGUCUUGGUGAAGGAAUUGCCCGCAAUGAAUUGUUCCUUUUCUUUACCUCCAUCCUCCAGAACUUCUCUGUGGCCAGCCCCGUGGAUCCUAAGGACAUUGUCCUCACUCCCAUGGAUGGUGGUGUAAGCAAAAUACCCCCAACAUACCAGAUUCACUUCUUGUCCCGCUGAACUGGCUGAGAGAAGUCAGGGGGAGGGGUGGAAUUUCAGUCCUCAAGAGUCCCUGUUUCUGUCUAUCAAGGGAAUUGUGCUCUGCGCUGUGAAUGGAACUGGAAAAACCAGUCAAGCGUCUUUCUUGGUGUCUGGGCAGAGCUGGGGGCCACAGCUUGUCAGAGUCAUAGUCCCUACUUA